UUGUGUACAAAACGCAAUUACUGGCAGCACGUGGCACUUAAAAAGUUGUUUUAACAAUUUUAUUAUUCAAGACAAAUACAAUAAUAUAACUAAUUAUGAAUUUAUGAAAAUUAACUCGUAAACAUUGUGAAGUAAUGAAAAAUGUUUAAAAGCUGUCAAGUGAUUUUAACGGACAUCAACAAUGUGCAAAAGUUAGAGCUGCAAAAUAAUAAAGAAGAAAAUGCCUCUACUUCUAAGGAACAUUUAGAAUUAAAUGAAAAUGGAGUACAAAAUAGUUUUAUAAAUAAUUUGACUGUAAAUAGCAAUGAGCAUACAAGAAUAAUAGCAAAACCCACAAAAGUUCCUAUGGUAAUGGUUGAAAAAUUGAGCGAAAAAGCAGGCACUUUAAAAAUUCCCAUAGUGAGCAUUGAAAAACUAUGUGAUAAUGAAAUCAAAAAAUAUACUGAAAAAAUUCUUUUAAUGAAUAUUGAGAAAGUGCCGACAAAUGGAAUUAAAGGAGUAUGUAUUGAAAAAUUACAUGAAAAACAUGAACUAAAAAUUCCAAUAGCUGAGAAAACGAAAUCUUUCAAAAUUCCAAUAAUAGAAAUUAAAAAACUUUAUUGGUGCACGCCAUGUCAAAGAAAUUUUCAAUCUAAUCAAACUUUACGAGAUCAUAUAAACUCAAAAAAUGAGAAACACGAUUUUAAUGAAUCGAGAGAAUUUAUUGCUACUAGACCAGUCAGGGAAGAAAAUGAUUUCUCCGUUUCGUCGGAAAAUCGAAAAAAUUUCAAAUCUACUCCAAUUUCAUUAAAUUUAAAUUCGUACAUCGAAGAAGGCGAAAAAGAUGUUGAAAUAAAAGUGACAGAGAUAACUAAUCCAGUUUGUGAAGAAGAUUUUUUGGAAUCCACACAAUGUCAACGAAAUUUAUUCACCUCUCAUAAUGAAGAAGAAGAAGAUGAUGAUGAAAAUAUAGAAAUAGAUGUCGUGGGGAAUUCAGACCAAGAUGAAGAUUUAGAUUUAGGAUUGCUACAAAUUCAAAACCAAAGAUUUGAAUUAAACAAUUUUUUACAUUCACCCAGUGAAACUGAAGAUUUAAUAGUUGAACCGAAUGAUAUUCUAACUAGUCAAGAAGAAAAUAAUCAAAAAUCUCCCAAUAAUCGAAGAAAUAUUUGGAAAGAUUCUUUACUUUAUGAAAAUGGAGAUAUUGAAGAAAUGGAAAUUAUAAAAAGUUCAGAAGAAAAUUUUUUUUCAAAAUCACCGCAUAAUUGGAAAUGUAUUUUCAAAGAUCAUUUACAUUUUCAGAAUGAAAAUAAAAAUAUUACCGAAAUAGAAAUUACAAAAAGUCCAAAGGAAAAUAAUUUUUCAAUAUCGCAACGAAUUCGAAGAAAUUUUUUUAAAGAUCCACUACAUUUUUUAAGUGAAAAUGAAGAUGUUGAGGAAAUUAACAUUGGGAAGAGUUCACGAGUUAAAAAGUUUUCGCCCCAAAGUCAAAAAAGUAUUUUAAGAAGUCGUUUAAAAGAUCCGCUACAUUUUUUAAGUGAAGAUGAAGAUAUUGAGGAAAAAGAAAUAAAAAAGAGUCCACGAGUGAAGAAAUUUUCAAGGUCGUCACAAAAUCAAAAAAUUUUAACAAAUCGUCUAAAAGAUCCGCUACACUUUCUAAGUGAAAAUGAAGAUAUUGACGAAAUAGACAUUAGGAUGAGUCCAGGAGAAAAAAAAUUUUUAAAGUCACAGAAUCAGCAAAAUAUUUUAAAAAGUCGUCUAAAAGAUCCGCUUCACUUUUUAAGUGAAGAUGAAGAUAUUGAGGAAAAAGAAGAAAAAAAGAGUCCACGAGUGAAGAAAUUUUCAAAGUCGUCACGAAGUCAAAAAAGUAUUUUAAGAAGUCGUUUAAAAGAUCCGCUACACUAUUUAAGUGAAAAUGAAGAUAUUGAGGAAAAAAAAAUUAGAAGGAGUCCACGAGUGAAAAAAUCUUUUAGUUCAACACAAAAUCAGAAAAAUAUUUUAACAAGUCUUCCAGAAGAUCUGCUACAUUUUUUAAGUGAAAAUGAAGAUGUUGAGGAAAAAAAAAUUAGAAAAAGUUCACGAAUAAAAAAAUUUUCAAAGUCGUCACAAAAGCCAAGGUGUCUUUUGAAAGAUCCUUUACAUUUUCAAAAUAAAAAUAAUGAUGUUGAAGAAGAAAUAGACGUUGUAAAUUGCAGUCCACAAGAGAACAUUUUUUCAAAAUCUCCACAAUAUCAAAAAAGUUUUUUAAAAGACCUAUUACUAUAUCAAAAUGAAAAUGAAAAUAUAAUUAAUACAUCAUCAAUGAUUAAAAAUGAUUCCAUUCACAUUAAAGAUAAAAAGAAUUUAUACUCUUUGAUAAACAAUAAUUCAUUCUACAAGUGUGACAUGUGCUCAAAACAAUUUAAAAUAAAACAAUCACUAGAAACACAUAUAAUAAAGCAUUUGGACGAGAAACUUUACACAUGUAACAAAUGUGGAAAAAGAUUUAUUGAACCAUCAAUUUUAAAAAUUCACAUGGCUUUUCACACUGGUGAUAGGCCUUUUGAUUGUGGUGUAAACAAAAGUAAAACAUAUUAUCGUAGUGACGCAUAUUCAGAAGGAAAUCCCCUGACCAAACUCAACACACCUUAUAAAUGUAAAAUUUGUCAAAAAAAUUUACGUACAAUUACCCUUUUAAAAUCUCAUAUGCUCGGACAUUUGGGUGUUAAACCAUAUGAGUGUCACAUUUGCCAUCAGAGAUUAUCAACAAAAUCUUCGCUAACAUCGCAUGUGCAUAUUCAUAAAAAUGAAAAACCAUUCUCCUGUGAUAUUUGUUCGAAAUCAUUUCGUAAAUUGGAUUAUGUCAAGUAUCAUAAACGAAUACAUAUGGAACAAAGACCCUAUCAAUGUUUGAUAUGUAACAAAAUGUACAGUCGUAGUCACGAUCUUAGAACUCAUAUGUCUCUACAUACGGGAAUUAAACUUUAUCAAUGUCAAUAUUGUGAUCAAGGUUAUUCGAGGAAAAAAUUUCUCUCCAAACACAUGAUGAUCCACAAUUAUGAAAUUUCAUCUAAUCAAGAAAAUAGCGAUGAAUCUAAUUCUAAUGAUGUUUACUUAAAAUAGUAAUAAUUGAAAGACACAGAUGGAUUUACAACGAAAAUUUAAUUAUUUUUUUUUGCUCAAAAUGAACCGGUGAUUUAUCAAGUAUUGUCGAUUCAAAUAUGAUGAAGAAUUUGCAAAAACCAUCGAAUUUUUAUUCUCAACAUAAAAGAAAAUUGUAUUUUCAUUCUCAAAAUGAACCAGUGAUUAAAACAAAUAAUGAUUUGAACAUUAUUAUUUAUCAAGAUGUGAUAAAUUGAAAAACAAAUAUCGAUUCGAAUAUAAUGAAUGAUUUUGCAACUUAAAACGAAUUUUUAUUCUCAAAAUCAACCAGUGAUGGAAACAAAUAAUAUUGAUUCAAAUAUUAUUUAUCAAGAGACGCCAAAUUCAAAAAUAAAUACCAAUUCAAAUUUUGAAUGUGAUAUGUGUAAGAAAAAAUUCACGACUCACGAACGCGUAAAGAGAUAUAUAAUUCGUCAUAUUAAUGUGAUGAAAUUAACUGAAUAUAUUUAUUGUUGCUCAAUUUGCGUUAAGAAAUUUACUCGGCAAUGUUACUUAAAUAAACACAAGAAAAUUCAUUUUAAACUGAAAAAUAAAAUUGAAAUUAAAUUUAAGUGCACUUUUUGUCACUUAACAUUCGGGCAAAAAAAAUUUCAAUCUCAACACGAGAAAGUAUAUGUAUUUUUUAAAAAAAAUACUACAGAAGAGAAUGCAUUUUUAAGUAAUUUCAAAUCAUACAGCGAAAUGGAAAAUAAUGAAAAUGGCGAUUUAGAAUUUUAAGGAAAAGAUAUUAAAAUAUAAUUUGUUUAUAUAAAUAAAUAAUUUCUUUCUUUGUGGCGAAAAGUAAUUUGUGAUACAGUAGUUUUUAAAAAAAAUCAAGCAACUUGAUUAUUUUAUUUUGUUAAUUAAAAAAUUUUAAGAUGGUUUUUUAAAGACACAAUUUUUUUUUGUUUAUUAUAUAAGUAUUUUUACACAGUUU